AUGAUAAUUACUUCUAGAAUGAAUGUCAGUCAAUCAAAAAUGACUGUUAGUGCUUUCCGCGUCCGAUUAGCCCAUGAAAGAGCCUCCGGGAAACACAGUGAGUCAUGCGACAGUAAUGAACUUAACCUUGACCAGAAACAAAGCAAAUUGAGCAGCAAACGUGCGUACGAUGGAUUGAAGAAAAUAGUGCAAGAGAAACUCAAAGACGAUGGCAAAUUAAAUGCUGACGAUCUUAUUUAUUUACACGGAUUAUCGGAUAAAAAGUUUAAUGCAAAGACUAAAAUUAAGAUAGAUGACAAUAUUUUAGAGAAACAUGAGAAGGUGAAACAAAUUCCAAGUAAAAUUGAGAACACUGUUUUAAAAUUUACAACGUCUGCAGUUACAAAGUCUGCAAUCAUUCAAAAAACAAAAGACGACGAUAGUGAUGAUGAUGACGACGACGAAGAUAUUCCUAGUGACAAAGACACCGAAUUCGAAGAAAACGGUUUAGAUGAUGUUGAUAUACAAGAUGAAAACGGUGAUAGUGACAACAAAAGUGAAGAUGACAACAAUGAAGAGGAAGAACGAGAUAGCAAAAAGAAUGAUAGUGACGAAGAAAGUGAUGAAAAUGAAGAAGAAAUAGUAAUAGAAAUAAAAGCAGUACCAAAGACUGGAAAAGCAUCUACUCCAAUCAGCAUACAGAAAUUCAAUAAAGAAGAAAAUAAAGAUGAUCCAAUCCCUCAGAAAGUGACUCUUAAAACUAAAGUAGAAAAUAAAGACCCAGUUAAAGACCUUAAAUCCAGCACACCCAUAAAACGCCCAAACGAUAUGAAAGAUAAAAAGGCAGAAAAAAUUGAAGAUGACAUACAAAAACAAGAAGCAAAAACUACCCCAAAAAUUGAUAAACCAACGGAUGUUCUUGAAAAAAUUAAAGUGAAAUCACAUAUAGAAGCAGGAAAAUUACAGAGUCACUUAAUUUCAAAGGACCAAGAGAAAAUCUUACCGCCGAAAGACGAAAUUAAAAUCGAGAAGACAUUAAAAAAAGAUUCAGAAAGCUUACAAGCAUCGAAAGAUUCUAAGGUAAAAGGUAAAAAAAGUGAUAAAAUAAAACAGUUACCUGAUGCAUCGCACACGAAAAUUUUACUACAAAGCGAGUUCGAGGAUUUUUAUGGAUUUUUUCCAACGUUUGCACCGAAUUUUUCACGCGUACAUAAUCCGGAGUGUCGCCGACACGGACAAAUAUUGCUGAGGCAGUUACGUGGGACAAAACUGUGGGCUCUAAAUAUGCUCGAUUCGACGGCAAAAAUUCCUUCGGGACUCCUACAAGGUAAUGGAAUACAACUUGGUGACUUUGACCAGUGCUUGGCCAGCCGUGCCCGUGUUCAGCUCGAGACCGGCAGCAUUGUUAAAGUUCAGGGGAAAUACUGCUUGGCAACAAUGGAUGUGAAGGCGGAGACUCCAGACUUGGAGGUGGCGGUGGAUUUUCUUCAGGGCAGGAAUUUAAUCAAGGGAAGAGUUAGUGAUCCAGGUCACUUCGUACCAAGAUUCUCAACGCUGAGUUGGGGUGUCUGCGUACCAUCGCCAUGUAGUCCUAAAGAUGUUGAGGUCAUCAUCACAGAGGCAACAAAGCAAUAUCAGCGGAUUGGAGUGACCUUGAACGUUGAGGUGGAUGAACUGGAUUGCCACGUGCAGCAGAAAGGGAGCUGGUGGGAAGGUUGGAUGGAAAUACCGACGCUUUUAACUUUAUCGUUCUACGCUGCCAUUUUGUGUCUAGUGUUAAUAGCGACUUGUCAAGAUUUACUAGCUGAAAAUAGAGGUUCUGUUGAAGAAUGUAGUCCUGAUGAAAAACAGGAUACAAACGGGUCCAAACCGCGUUCAGAUGGUUUUAUCAGCGCCUUCUCCCUAACUCGGACCCUGAAGAAGCUAGUGGCACCAGCUGGAGCUGACGAGAUACCAAGUAUUCAUGGGCUCCGAGCUAUAGCUACAAUAUUUCUCAUUGCUGCUCACAAGUUCCUGCCAAUUGCUCACAUCCCUUAUACAAAUAGAAUAAAAUUGGCUGAGGUCGUCUCGUCACCAAUCUGGUCAUGGUGCAGAGUUGGUUGGGUGAUGACUGACUGUUUUCUCUUACUCAGUGGAACCCUCACUGCCUACCGAACUUCAGAUAAAACCAGUGCGUUUAACAAACUAGCUUCAAGAUAUUUGAGAUUGACCCCAGCUCUUUUAGCAGUUAUCUGGUUUUAUGCCUACAUUUGGGACAAUAUUUCAUUUGGACCAAGAUGGGGUGGUCUUGUUACGAAAAACGCGGAGAUCUGCCGUGAAGGAUGGUGGUGGAAUAUGUUUUACUUACAGAACUAUUUUGGAUUGGAAAAUAUGUGUGCACCACAAACCCAUCAGCUGGCGUUAGACAUGCAGCUAACGAUCGUUGGAAGCUUCUUAGUCUGGGCCAUACAAGCUGAUGUCGUGGGUUCAAGACUUGCGAUGCCAUUAAUUCACCUCUACGCAGCUUAUUCUCGUUAUGCGACCUUCAGGGAUCAUAGACUUACUAUGAUUGCGUAUCAUGGUGUUAGUGUAAGUCAACUGUACCGUACUGGCCGGAUGAGCUAUACGUCCAUUUUACACCGCAGUACCUCCUAUUUGGUCGGUAUCAGUUUGGGAUUAGCGCUACGGAAUACAGCUCAGUAUGGCAAGCUCUUAAUAUUCACGGGAUGGGUCCUGAGUGCUGGUCUUUGGGGAUCUGUCCUAUGGGCAGGUUACGACAGUGGCUUUCUCAACUAUCAGUAUAACGUGACCUUUGCUGCUCUGUAUGCGGCGGGUGCCCCUGUUGCGACCGCUUUAGCCUUCGCCUGGCUGCUCUACGCUGCCCAUAAUGGAUAUAGCGAUACUCUUUCGAGCCUACUCUGCAGUCGACCUUUGCUCAUUAUCAGUAGGCUUUCUUAUGCCAUCUACCUGACACAGUUUAUUGUCUUUCUGACAAACGCAGCCACCGUUAAGACAUCCACCGAAUUUACGCUUUUAUCUGUGAUCGACUUCCAAGAAAUAUCUGCGAUAUUUCUGUCCGGCGUUCUUUUAACUUUGACUUUAGUUUUUCCUAUGCAGGCGUUGCCAAAUAUAUUAUUUAAGGAAAGGAAAGAAGAACAUCCAGUAGAAGAAUUAGAAAAUAAAAUAGAAAACGAAGAAACAGAACCUCAAGUUGAAACAAAACCAACGUUACGAAAGCCACUUUUAGCUCACAGAGAGUUAUUAGAGGAAAUACCUGAAACGGAGAUUGAAUAUGAAGCACAAAGAGAUAAUCAAAGUCUAGAAGAAAUUUUGGAAGAGGAUGACGAUAAUUUAGAAGAUGACAGAAUAGACGACGAUGAAUUGGAAGUUAUAGAAGAGGAAGAAGAGGAAGAGAAAACAUGCGAAGAAGAUUUUUGGGCUCAACAGGAUAUGAACCCAGAAAAACCGGAUCACGAUCUGGAUGAAUGGGAAUGGACAAAUGGAAACCGGGGAGGCGCUCAAUAUUAUCGAUACAGUAGAUAA